CCGGCCGCCUGUGUCCCUUGCCCAAACAGACAGCAAUGUGUACCAAGUAAGAAAGACGUGAGGGCAGAAAUGAGGGAGGAGGGAUAAAAUGAGGAACGAGGGCGUUGCGUGGUCCAGGAAGAGGACGCGCUCGGGAAGCGGGGCUGAUGUGGGGCGAAUCGGUGAACCGCUCAGGCAUUUGCCACGGCCACCCUCCUGGGUCCUUUCUCCCUGCCGUGGACCGCGGUCGGCCUGUCUCUUCCUACACCUGGCUGUAGCUUCUUAAGCGCGGCGGCCCACCGCUUCAUGAUUUUCUGCCGAUUCUGGGCAAAGAUGGCAACAAAUGAUGCUGUUCUGAAGAGACUAGAGCAGAAGGGUGCAGAAGCGGAUCAGAUCAUUGACUAUCUCAAGCAGCAGGUCGCUCUUCUCAAGGAGAAAGCAAUUUUACAGGCAACUUUGAGAGAAGAAAAGAAACUCCGAGUUGAAAAUGCUAAAUUGAAAAAAGAAAUAGAAGAACUAAAGCAGGAGCUAAUUCAGGCAGAAAUGCAAAACGGAGUGAAGCAAAUACCAGUCCCAUCGGGACCUCCACUGCAGGCUGAUUCUGCACUUUCUGCAAGUGUGACACCAUCUUCAUCAGUAACAACAACCUCCUCUUCCAGUAAAAAAGAACACAUUAAAGGAGAGGGAGGAGAGGAAAAGAAGGUAAAAGAGAAGCCUGAAAAGAAAGGAGAGAAAAAGGAGAAGAAGCAGCAGUCGACAGCAGCGAGUGCUGACUCUAAGCCAAUAGAUGUAUCACGUCUGGAUCUUCGAAUUGGUUGUAUCGUUACUGCCAAAAAACACCCUGAUGCAGAUUCGUUGUACGUAGAAGAAGUGGAUGUGGGAGAGGCAGCCCCAAGAACAGUUGUCAGUGGACUGGUGAACCAUGUUCCUCUAGAACAGAUGCAAAAUCGGAUGGUGGUUUUACUUUGUAAUCUGAAGCCUGCGAAGAUGCGGGGAGUACUGUCUCAAGCAAUGGUGAUGUGUGCUAGUUCACCAGAAAAAGUGGAAAUUCUGGCCCCUCCCAAUGGGGCUGUCCCUGGAGACAGAAUUACUUUUGAUGCUUUCCCUGGAGAGCCUGACAAGGAGCUGAACGCUAAAAAGAAGAUCUGGGAGCAGAUCCAGCCUGACCUGCACACCAAUGAUGAGUGUGUGGCCACAUACAAAGGGGCUCCCUUUGAGGUGAAAGGGAAGGGAGUUUGCAGGGCCCAAACCAUGGCCAAUAGUGGAAUUAAAUAAGUGAGGAGCUCUGUAACUGAAGACAUUGGAGAAACCUUAACAACAAUAAAGGACUAUAUUUGUCAUUUACACAUAAAA